AUGGAGAAGAAUUUAAGGAAGAAAAAUUUUAGGAAGGAGAUGAAGUCAAGGAAGAGGAAGUUUUGGAUGGAGAAGAAGUUAAGGAUAAAGAAGAAAGUAUGGAUGAGGAAGAAGUUUGGGAUGGAGAAGAAGUUUGGAAUGGAGAAGAAUCUACUAAUUAAGGAAGCAGAAGAAGUUAAGGAGGAUGGAGAAGAAGUUAGGGAAGGAGAAAAAGUGAAGAAUGAAGAACAAGUUAGGGAAGGAGAAGAAGAUAAGGAUGGGGAACAAGUUAGGGAAGGAGAAGAAGAAGUUAAGGAUGGAGAAGUAGUUUGGGAUGGGGAAAAAGUGAAGGAAGGAGAAGAAGUUAAGGAAGAAGAAGAAGAAGAAGUUUUGGAUGGAGAAGAAGGUAAGGGUAAAGAAGAAAGCAUGGAUGGGGAAGAAGUUUGGGAUGGAGAAGAAGUUAAGGAUAGAGAAGAAGUUUGGGAUGGAGGAGAAGUUUGGAAUGGAGGAGAUGAAUCGAAGUAUGGAGACGAAGUUAAGGAAGAAGAAGUUUAG